CUUUUCAUUUGUUAACCAACUUGGUCUUAUUAUGUAUUAAUGCCUUGACGUAGAGCGAUUUUAAAGCGAACAGUUACCUUAUAAAAUUUUUUCUUUUUACUUUAAUUUAUUCAAGUAGCUAGAUACUGAAUUAAUAUUACUAUCUUUCUCCAAUUUUAUUCUUCUUCACCUGACAACUUUUAAUUUAAUAUGAUCGGGAUUUACUGUAAGUCAAGCCAGAUCCUUAUCACGCGGUCAGAGUUGGAAUGUGACAAAAAGAACUUAGUAUUAUUUCUGUUUUAGGUGGCUUACUUAUGAUGAUAAGGAAAAGUAUCAUGCUCCAGUCAGAAAAGUAACUACAAGUUUUUGACUUUGUGGCUAAUCAGGGUUAUUUUUUUUAAUCACUAAAUGCUUUGAUUAUUCUAUCCUCAGCAAACCAUUGGUUUUUUAUUUAAUUUGUAAUGGUUUUGGUUUCAUUAGUCUUCAGCGACAAUCUAAAAUGUCUUUCCUCUAUUUUUUGGGUGCUUUGAUGUAAAUUAUAUUUAUAUAUUCAUUAGCUUUCUCAGUAGCUAGAACUAUAGUUUGCUUGUGUGCAUCAUAGUCCAUACUGAAUAUUUUGGUUGAAGCAUGAGAUUAUGUUCUACUGGUCUAUGUCAAAUAGAGGGAAUAUAUUACUAACUUGUGUAAUGUAUACUUCAUGAGAAUGCAUGGUGUUAUGAGAUAAUGGGAGGGAGAGUUAUUAGCAUAUUAUGUUGAUUAUUACGUCCACCUCUGCAUGAGAAGAGUGUUUCUGUUGUGUUGUUCAGGUAACUAUGUAUGAUUUACCUAAAACAUAAAUAAAACUUUCACCUAUCAACAUAGUGCAGGAAAUCCAACUACUUUCUUUAAAGCUUAGCUUUAUUGGGCUGGAUACGAGAAGGAAAAAGUGCAGUGGGAACCAGCUUUCUACUGUUUAUUAUGCGGCUAUCAUCCAAGACUAAACUUUUGUAGAGGAAAAACUAAGGUGACACUAUUGUCUCUUGUAAUAUUGCCAGCUUCCAUUUCUCUUGAUGGCUCUGGGUUGAAAUUUCUGCCUUUGAAUGGGUGAUGGACAAGCAAGACUCUAUUAUAUUUCAGCAUCACACCACAACAACAUACCCAUCACACUAAACUAUAUAAACAUAGCUGUUUCUUUUUUCUUCUUUUGGGUUGAAUGUAGUUAUGUUAAUCACGACUCUAUGGAUUUCUUAGCCAACUAGGUUAACUACUGAACUUUUUCGCACUGCUUAUUAAUUUUCAGUUAGUGAGCACGGGCUACCUCUUUCUAGUUUCAUAAUAUAGCUCAUAAAAAGUUUUGUUUUUAUUACACUACUAAAAGUUUGAUGCUAAGCUGAUAUGCAAAUUUCAUAAAUUUUCUACCAUAAAAGGUAAAUACAUAAAAGAUUGUAUAGUUUAAAUUGGGAUAAUAUUUAUGUUUAACAUAUAUAACCAAAUUAUUACCUCAAUAAAAGCGUGAACACCCAACUCUCCAAUUAUACACUUAUCCAUAUGUUAGUAUGUUACCAUGUCUGGAUAUAAUAGAUGGAUUUUCUAUGUCCUAAAAGUAGGUCAUUGAAAGAUAUCUAGCUGCCCUCGCAAGCCUCCAUAUAUACUUUAUUUUAUACUUUUAAACUUCGACAGUUGAAAUAGAAAGUGUAUUUUAGGUCUUCCCUGAAAAAUGGUUAACGAGCGUAGAAGAUUAGUUGUUCUUCAAGAAAGGAUGGAAACUUUGUUUAAGAAAGCAGAAGAGUUAUCUGUUCUAUGUGAUGUAGAAAUUGGUAUUAUUGUUUUCAGCCCUGAUAAAAAAAAUGCUAAAUAUGAGUGGCCAUCAAGAGAUAAUUUUAAACAACUCUUGAUGAGAUAUCUAGAUAAACCACUGGUAGAGAGGCUUAAGAAGUUGACAACAAAUGAAAUGUUCCUCAGGAAAGAGAUGGAUGCUAAGAUGAAGAAAAUUGAUCAGCAGAAGACUGAAGAAAAGGAAAUGGAACAUCUAUUUAGCCAGUUAUAUCUUGGGGAAAAUACUGUUUUUGACCUGGAUAAAAGACAACUUAUAGGUGUUCGCAACUUAGCUAUAAAGGCGAAAGAGAAGGCCGUUAAAAGGAGAAUACAACUCAAGUACUUACACUAUCAACGUCUUUCGUUACCAAUUGAUUGCAUAUCACUUUGAGUGGCUCCAUUUAAUAUACAGGAUUAACGCAUUCAGUUAUUUGUUAAUGAUCCUUUAGCUCUUCGAUUGGCUCCUCCAGAGAAUUAAUGAAUAUGGUUAAUCACAAUCAAAGAUUAGCGCAACAACAAUCAAAAGUUUAUUUGUGCAACUUCGUGCAUAUUCUUUGCCUAUUGGAAAGCUUACAUGUGAAACUACCAAGAUAUUUUUAAUGUGUUCUAUUUCUCUUUAAUGUAUCUGUGCUUCUUUUGGUUUCUUUUUUAUUUUGUUUUCUAUUUAGCAAUAAUCGUCGUCCAAAAGCACUUUAUAGUUUCAGUUUUGCAAAUGAAGAGCAGUGUUAUAUGCAUUUCCAGAUGCAAAAAUUGUAUGAAUACCUAGUUGUGGAUUUUCAGAUUCAAAUCGGCCAGAUUAUUUUCUUCAAAAACGAGAUCGACUAUAGGCACAACAUUUAUCUAGAAGAAAUUGUAUGUUAUGGCCAUCUUGGGAGCAACGCAUUAUUGCAAGAUCAAGUACUAUGGCAUAUAUAAAACAUUGGCAUUUAUUGUACCUAACAUGGAUAACAAACAUCCUAUGUAACAUUGAAAUGUAUCUUAAAACUACAACAGUAUCUUGUGAUAAUCUCAGUGUACUUUAAAUGACUACUAAUCCAGUUAUACAUACUAGAACUUAUUAAGCAUGUUGUAUACGGUGGAAAUCGGGGCUACCCGAUUUCGUUCUUUGAUGGAAAAAGUGAUACCACGUUGGAAGACCAGGACGUCGAGCUCGGGGUCGAAGGCAUGCUUCGAGAUGAUGCUGGUAUGAGUCAGUAACGGAAAGAGCGAGAUACCCGCAACGGGCCGGAGAUCACGCCGUAAAUUUCGGAAUGGAUUGAUCUUCAGCAGUUAAACAGUUGUCAAAUAUGGUUUCCUACUAUAAUUAGAAGUGUACCUUAUUUAGGACUCCCCUAUUAUAUAAAGCGGGAUCCCAUCUACUUGUAAAACAUUGAUCAUUGCUCAUU